AUGGCCUCGUCUCGGCCAAGUGACAAGUCGCUGCUGGAGCGUCUCAACGCCCUGAAACCUACAAAAAUCACUCUCGACAAGGCGGUCCCAAACUCUUCCUUAUCAGACGUCCCUGCAUCUGCUGCCGCCCGUCAUAACCUCGGGCCGACCUCUGAGGUAGCCCACGGCCAGCCCGUGUUAACCAGAGAAGACGCUCUAGCAGCCCGCCUCAGGCUUCUUCGGAGUCGAGUUCCUGGGUCGCCACUCGACAGCCCUCGCACGGGAGCAUCGGGAGCAUCGAGAACUCAGCCUCCCCCCGAAAGUUCUCGCAAGAGUGCUCCCUCACAGACCGGUAGCGGAAGGGGUAGCAAGAAGCUCGAGCUGCUCUCAAAUCCCGUCUCCGUACCAACAGAAACCAAUCCGCCAGCAACAGCAGCGUUAACCACCAGCCCACUAGAAGCCUACGAGGAUCCCUACAGCUUCGACCAAGAAGAAGUAGAUGAGCUUCUAGAAGGUUUGACGUUUGACUUGGGCGACGACGCUCACCAAGAGAUAGAGUUUGAAUGUGCUUCUGAUAGCAGCGGCAGCGGCAGCCAAGAAGCUCAAGGCCCAAAGUCAAAACUAAACAAACUGUCUUCUGACCUUCCAGAACCCUCCCAUAAGGGUUCUAGCGGCAAGGCCGCCCGCAAGGCUUCUUCUCCGAGGCGCUUGUUUAGUGGGGUUCACAGUGAUAGCGAUGAUUCCGAGGGAGAGCAUAUGGCCAAGGAGGUCGAGGCGAUACUCGCGCGCAUUCGCGACGAGAUAGGCCCGGACCUCCAGGAACCAGAUGGACCGGAUAACACGGCGCCCAAGGAGGCCUCUGACGCUGGCCAAGACAAGGCGGGUUCCAAGUCUCGAUAUUUCACGGGGCCUAUUCCAGAUGAUGUCAGCAACGACUUAGAUGGUAGUGGCGACGAGAGCGGCGGCGGCGGUGGUGGUGACAUCCUCGCCCUACCCACCGUGCCGUCCGCCUUGCCCGAUGACCCACCCCCUGCUGCCCCCGGCAAAACAGCGCAGCGGAAGAAGUCGCUCGACUUCGAGAAGGACAUUGCCGCGCGCAUGGCCUCUCUCUGUGGUCUAGGCUCAAGCAGCCCCGCCCGUGGCGCUGCAUCUGCUGUUGGCGACGAUGAUGCAUCCGGCGGGCUGCCGUCGGUGCCCACCUUCAGACCCGGAGACCGCCUUUCCAAAAAGGGGGCUGCGGCCAAGGCCAAGGGGGCCGGGUACACCGACGAGGACCAGAAGAAGUGGUGCAUUGUCUGUCUGGACGACGCCACAAUAACGUGCAGCGGCUGCGAUGACGACGUCUAUUGCGGCCGCUGCUAG